UUAGAAUAGACAUACUUUUAGCCGUGGAGCUCACAAAAGAUGUGUUAUUUAAUAAUCUGAUUAAUAUAUCGUUAGCUUUCCUUCUUUAAAAAGCAAACAAUAAAUAUCUUGACCACAUGUAUCUUGAUCAAGCAGGACAAAAGAGUUUACAGAGGAAGUUUAUUUGGAUUUCUUGAUCGCGUUCUUGUUAAACUGUUUCCUCAAGGAGAAAAACAGAAUAUUUUGAGAUGACUGUGAAGCAAUCAUUGAGAUGAGAGAAGCAUUGGAUCCAGUGAUUUGUUGAUUUAGAGGAGUACUCAAUACAAACACCGCAGGAUGGGCAAGGGGCAGUCCAAGUCUUAUGACUUCACUGGGGAGUCAGUGAAGAAAAGGUCAGGAAGUAAGAAGUCCAACGGAGUCGAAGCACGGACGUCCAAAACUUUUGACCCGGAUACAAUAAAUUCCCCGCAAUCCGGGAAGGCAGAGAACGGGAACGGCCAGUCCCCGACAAGAACCAGUCUUCCAGUGACCAAGGAAGAACCUACAAAAGACACUAGUGCUGACGACAGUGCAGUAAAUAGUGAACAAUCCCCCACAGAUAACAAACAGUUGCAGGGGUCCAAUGACACUCCCCAGGAAUCUGUGACAGAGACUGUUGAGAAGUCUGACAGCAGUCAAGUUGUUAACUCUGAGGAGAAUACUCAGCAAACAUCUGAUCCUCCUGUAGAAGAGGACAACACAGAGGAGGAGCAAAAACCAGAAUCCACGACACAAGGUCCCCUAGAAGAAGAGGACCUUGAUGAAAAGAUCCAAAAAGAGGCUGAGGAAUCCCAAAAAGAGGCUGAGGAUUUGAAGGAGAACCAGAUUGAGGAGUCAGAGGAGCUUGUUACAAAGGAGGAAGAAUCAGCUUUAGAGAAAGACACUUCAGAGGAACCACCAAAGGAAAGCUUAGAGGAGCCAGCAGAGGACCACACUGAGGAACAACCAGAGGACCAGAUUGAGGAUCAUACUGAGGAGCCAGCACAAAACACAGUAGAGGAAGAAGUUACUGCUGAGGAAACUAAACCUGAACAGACUGAAGACAGUGACAAAGAGGAACCAGACAACAGAACAGGGGAACUAGUUCAGCAAGCCGCUGUCAGUGUAGAGAGUGAGCAGAAUCCAGAAGAAUCUGUGGAUAAACCUGAGGACGAACCUGAACCAGAACCCGAGGAAGACAUGGCCGACAUAGUGUCAGGGGUGGUCUGUAACGAGUCCGAUCUCAAGGACGGGGAUAUGAAGGAGUUUGAUCUCGGUGAAGGAAAAGUACUAAUUGUCAGGGAAGGGUCAGAGUUCUAUGCCCUUGGUACAAAGUGUUCACACUAUGGGGCGCCACUGGUCAACGGGAGUCACUGCAAGGGCAGAGUUCGCUGUCCCUGGCAUGGAGCCUGCUUUAGUGUGAAGACGGGGGACAUUGAGGACUUUCCUGGCCUGGAUAGCAUUCCAAAGUUCAAGGUUGAAGUUGAUGGUGGUAAGGUUAAGGUCACAGCUAAGAAGUCUGCACUGGCUGACCCUAAAGUUCAGCGUACUAUGUGUAAAGCCUCGAAGUCUAGCAACAAGAAAGUCUUGAUCAUUGGAGGAGGGCCGUCCUCAGUUAAAUGCGCAGAAACGCUGCGACAGGAAGGAUUCACAGGGGAAAUCACCAUAGCGACACAAGAAAACAACCUUCCUUAUGAUAGACCCAAACUUAGCAAGGCAAUGGAUAUCACAGCUGACAAGAUAGCUCUCAGAAGUGCUGAUUUCUAUUCCAAGGCAGACAUCACCAUUCUAAAGCAAAAACAGGCUACUGCAGUAGAUGUUUCCAACAAAACAGUGACUUUCCAAGAUGGCAGCUCUGUACCUUAUACUUCAUUAGUCAUUGCCACUGGAGGACGUCCCAGAAUGUUGCCUAUCCCAGGCACUGAUCUACAAAACGUGUAUCAGCUCAGAACUCCAGAAGACGCGAAUCAGAUCGCAGAACGAGCUGCCGGAAAAAACGUGGUCAUCAUUGGGUCCUCAUUCAUUGGGAUGGAGGUGGCCUCCGCUCUUGCUGGCACCGCGACCUCGGUGUCGGUGGUGGACAUUAUCAAGGUCCCCUUCCAACUGGUUCUGGGCGAGAAAGUAGGAUCAGUGUUACAAAAGAUGCAUGAAGACAAUGGAGUCAAGUUUUAUUUUGAGCGGGGAAUCAAGGAGUUUGUGGGGAGUGAUGGGAAGGUCACGGAGGCUGUUCUCUCCGACGACACCCGCCUGCCGGCAGAUUUGUGCAUUAUGGGAGUUGGAGUUGUUCCGGCUACCGACUUUAUCAAGGGAUCUGGUGUAGAAAUGACCGAUAGAGGAUUCCUUCCUGUAAAUAAAAUGAUGCAAACUAACCAACCUGAUGUGUAUGCAACUGGGGACAUUGUAGAGUUCCCACUCUUCAGUGUUGGAGACAAAAAUGUUAACAUCCAGCAUUGGCAGAUGGCACAUGCUCAUGGAAAAACUGCAGCUCUUGGAAUCCUAGGUAAAGAUGAGCCAAUCAGAAGUGUUCCCUUUUUUUGGACAGUGCAAUACAAGAAAAGUAUACGUUACACAGGUUACGGCCCCGGCUAUGAUGACAUCAUCGUACAUGGUGACCUAGAGGCUCCCAAAUUCAUCGCCUACUACACAAAAGGAGACGAGGUCAUAGCUGCUGCCAGCCUGAACUUUGACCCCUAUGUAGCCCGAUUGGCUGACGUGAUGUUGGCAGGAGAAAAAGUCCUGAAAAGUGAAGUCCAAUCAAGUGCAGAUGGAUGGAUGUCCAAGUUUGAAAAAUUAACCAUAAAAGCUUGAAGAAAGUGUUACAUAAACAGACAUAUACUGUUGGACUGUAUCAUGUUACAUCCAGUGUGACUGCGCAUAUAUUCUUGCGGGCCUCAAAGUUUGCUGCAAGAAGAAAAUUCCUCAUCCAUUGAUUUUGUUUUUGGAAACUUCUGUUUUAGAAUUCUAUGAAUUUUCAACAUAUUAGAAAGAGCUUAUUUUUCAAAUAUUGUAGAAAGAGUUGUGCAUGGUUCGUGGGAUCAGACUGUUUUAUACAUGUAGACUGUGAGCACAUGUAUGCAUCUAUUAGUACACAUUGCAAUGUUUUCUAUUUGUAAUAUAGCUAUAUAUCAUAGAAUAUGUUAUUCAAUAAAUUUAUACAAAUAAA